GAGGAGCAGAGGUGGCAGCCGCUCAGGCGCAUCACCUGGGCAGGGGGGCCGGCUGACAGGAGAGCGAGGACCUGGUGGCUCCGGUCCCCAAAAGUCACAGGGGGAGGCCCCAAGGGGCCACAGUGCUGUAAACAGACAUGGUCCCCUGCACAGGGCUCAAGCCGCAGACAGAGGCAGAGCUGGGAGCCACCGCAUUCAUCGGCCAGGAAGUUCUGGCCCCAAUGUGUUUAUUUUGAUAAGUGACCACCUCCCUGUUCUGGCCCUUGCAGCUUCUGGACAAUUGUAGGGGUUGCUGCCCUCAUCCUGCUGCUGGUAGCCCUGUUGGCGCGAUUACUCGUCAAAAGAAAACCACCCCGGGACCCGCUGUUCUACGUGUACGCGGUUUUCGGGUUUACCAGCGUGGUGAACCUCAUCAUAGGACUGGAGCAGGAUGGAGUCAUCGACGGGUUCAUGACGCACUACCUGAGAGAGGGCGAACCGUACCUGAACACCGCGUAUGGGCACAUGGUCUGCUACUGGGACGGCUCUGCUCACUACCUGAUGUACCUGGUGAUGGUGGCAGCCAUCGCAUGGGAGGAAAGUUACAGAAACAUUGGCCUGUACUGGGUGGGAUCCAUUAUGAUGAGCAUGGUUGUUUUUGUGCCAGGAAACAUUGUAGGGAAGUUCGGGACACGGGUUUGCCCUGCGUUUUUCUUAAGCAUACCCUACACAUGUCUUCCUGUUUGGGCUGGUUUCCGAAUUUACCAUCAGCCGUCAGAAAAUUAUCAUUAUCCCUCCAAGGUUGUUCAAGAAGUCCAGGCGAAGGACCUGCUGAGAAGACCAUUGGACUGUAUGUUGGUCAUAUGUCUCCUCCUGGCAACUGCAUUUAGCCUGUUCAGAGGCCUGAUUGCUCUGGACUGCCCAGCCGAGCUCUGCCGAUUCUAUACGCAGUUUCAAGAGCCCUACCUGAAGGAUCCUGCUGCUUAUCCUAAAAUACAGAUGCUCGCGUACCUCUUCUAUUCUGUCCCUUAUUUCCUGGUGGCACUUUACGGCUUAGUGGUACCUGGAUGCUCCUGGAUGGCAGACGUGACGCUGGUACACGCGGGAGGCCUUGCUCAGGCCCAGUUUUCCCACAUCGGUGCCUCUCUUCACGCCAGGACUGCGUACAUCUACCGAGUCCCCGAGGAAGCCAAAGUCCUGUUUCUGGCGGUAAACGUAGCCUACGGGCUGCUUCCUCAGCUCCUGGCCUGCCGCUGCAUCUACAGGCCCGAGUUCUUCGUGAAAACAAAGGCGGGUGAGAAAGCGGAGUGAAGUCGUGGCCCCGCCGGGCUCUUCUCUCCACGACAGACUGCGACGCCCCCGCACCAAGGCUCUGUCCCGCCCCACUCCCCCCCACGCUCCUUCUGUACUGCACCUGAGCUACGUGUGGGACUGUGGGGGUCCGUUUUUGAAGGAAAGCUGAAGCUGUUGAAAGUUUGUUUCAAGGAUAUAUUCAGAAUUUUUUUGUGAAUGAACUCAACUGCCUAUCUCAGUGUUCUGUUUGCACGUGUUAAAUGUAAGUGUGAAAAAAUUACACCUUCGCUCCUACAGCAGUGAGCGUGGAAGGAGAACCAUUCAAAAGCGAACACGGCGUAUGCGCAUCAAGACUCACAGCAGCCG